AUGAACACGAAACGGUUCUGGCCUCUCAGGGACCGGCUGGACAGUAUGCCGAUGACCACCGAGCCGGCCACCAGCACGGCGCUGGUGGCGAAGAGGAUGUGGAAGAUGAAGAUGAGGAAGUCUUCCGGGGUGUCGAAAUCCACCGACAGAGGGACGGUGGCAUUGAGGAGCAUCCUGAGGCUCCCGCAGAGCACCGUGCGCACUACAUGUGAACCCGAGCCCCCCUCUGCGCCCUGCACUCCCGCCGCACCGAUGAGAAACUUUAGUUUCGGAGUCUGGGCUCCCGUGCUUCCCCUCACCAGCUUCGGCAACGUCUUGCUCUUCCUCUUCAGCAUUUUCCUGGCCGCCUCCAUCGUGGUCCUGAACGUGUCCGUGUUCGCCUCCAUCCUGCUGGACGGCGCGCUGCGCAGCGAGAACCGCUUCAUGUACAUGCUGAGCACCUGCCUCAGCGACACCUGCACGGGCGUGUCCUACUACUAUGUCGGGGUCCUGGACGUCAGGGACAGUUUCGACUCCCCGACCAGGACCUUCCACGUGGUGCCCACCUUCCUGGGCCUGUCUUUCAUGGCCGUCCUGGCCGCGCAGGCGGACAGGUACAACGCCAUAGUGUCGCCCUUCACCUACUCCCGGCGCAUGACCCGAAACAGGACCGUGCUGGUCAUCUGCGCGUACUGGGCCUACGCCUUCUUCAUCGUGGCCGUGAGUAACCUGGUCACCGCCGGGAUGGCCGGUCGAAUCACGAGCAUCGGGACGAUGGUGGCCAACAUAGUGACCGUGGUCAUAAUGAUAGGGCUGAACAUCAGGCUGUUCAUCGUCGCCAUGUUCCAGCUGGGCCGGGAGCCGCCCUCGGAGGAGAGGGACAGCAAGCGCUCCUCCGUCUACCUCAUCCUGGUGGUGGUGGUGUUUUUCUUGGGGGCCUGGAUCCCCCUGUUCUGCCACAUGAUCGUGUGCAAUUUCACCGGCACCGUCUGCAACAGCCCCAAGAACGAGGGCACCGACCCCCUCCGCAUCCUGCCCCGGGUCAACGCCGUCAUCACCCCCAUCAUCUACAUCAGAGGCUGCGGCGCGCUCAGAGACACGCUCUUCUCCAAGAGCUGCAUUCAGCUGCACACUUUUUUUUUCGUGGCUCAGUCGUGCUGCUGGAAGAGGGGGGUAAAGUUACCAGGGGUCCUGCCUUAA